CUGGCAGCACUGUGUAAAAUUGCAUAAACAAACCACAAAACUUUUACAAGAUGAUUCAAAACCAGUUACGCGCCACGCUGUGGAUCUCUGGAAACGGUUGCUUGAGCACGUCUAAAGCAGACUAAACAUCGGCUGCCGGUGGCCGUUGCAAUUCAGUUCGUAUCACGCUACGGCGCGAGGCAGCCGCCGCAGUAAAUUGAGCAAUCAAUCGACACCCGUCGAGAGCCCGGGAAAUAUAAAGCCAAACUUGCCCAUUUUCAAGCAAUUGUAGAUUUGCCAAAUAGAUUAACAACUCUACUGCAAAUUCACUUGACACUAUGACGAAUUGCGGUUCAUCCACGGACAUCGGCGAGCAUGCAUCGUCGGCCAGUGGGAAAAUGCAUUCAGUGCAGACCUCCAAAAAUGGGCAUAACGAUGUCGAUGCGGAGCAAUAUCUGGAACACCUAAUGAAGGACGGUAGCCAGGAGGGCGAUAGCGAGUCCGAGUUGGAGCUGCCGCCAUGGUACGAUGAGCAGCUGUUCAAGCGCGCUCAAGGCUACUUUAGCACAUAUCGCUUUGUGAUGAAUGCGGGGAUGCUGGCCGGACUCAUUUCUGUUCUAGCCGUGCCAUCCAUACUCCGAGUACUUGCCUGCACGCGACAAUCGUCGACUGCAUUUACAGCUUAUCGACGCUAUGUGCGCACAAUCUUUCACACCCAGGCCUGGUACAAUAAUUGCGUAGCGAACAGAAAGAGCAAAUUCUGGACGAGUAUCGCGGCUGUUAGGCAGGCCCAUGCCCGCUCUAGUCAUGCGUGUGCGAGGCGUGGAGCCGGGCAGAUCACGCAGAAGGAUCUGGCCCUGACACAGUUUGGAUUCAUUGGCUUCAUAACCCUGGGAGCGCAUCGCAUACAGCUGUACGAUAAUGAUUUCCUAGAGGCCACCACCCAUAUGUGGCGAGUCCUGGGCUAUUUGCUGGGCAUCAAGGAUGAGUACAACAUUUGCGGCCGGAAUUGGGCAGAGUCAAAGGCCCGCCUGGAUAUUGUGAUGCGAAAAGUAUACGAGCCGGCGCUGGAGCAGACCAGUGACGAGUUUUACCGCAUGACGGAAGCCCUUAUCCAUGGUCUGUGGCACGUCAACGCAAUGCUCUCUGUGGACGCCAAUAUCUUCUUCGCCAAGCGACUGGCCUGCGUGAAGGGCUACGAGUACUACAGCUUCGACCAUCGUGCCGGGGAUCAGAGGGAUGCACAGCAGAGAUUGUACUACCGCGAUUUGAAGCUAUGGGAUCGUCUGAUCGUCGGCUAUGGGCUGUUUAUUGUCACCUUUUUGCACAAGUAUGCCAUUGUGCGGUGGUAUCUGAACUUUCGCGUAUGGCUGGUGGAUCUGCUCACGUACUACUUGCCCUACAUUGCCAUUUGGAAGUUUGGCAUCAAGUCCGCCUACGUGCGAAUCUUUCGCAAAGGCAGCGAGGGCCAGGAGUUUAGUUUGGGCUUCAAAGAUAAUUAGUCAUUUGUUGAAAAAACAAAACUCCAAAUAAUGAAUAAAAAAUAGAAUAGCCACUGAGAAAAAUACAAAAUA